GUAACUUAGCAAUAGAUGGGAUUUAUCUGCUCCUCUAUCCAACACAAGGAACAGAGGCCAGCAUUGUUCGUUGCUAAGAUCAUCAUCUGCCGUGUCACCACAACCGCAGCCAGCCGUAACUUAGGAAUAGAUUGCCUUUCGGAGUCGCAGCCAAUCGCAGCCCUCGAACGUAGAUCCUGCAUGGCCCCACCACAUCCACCGGUCCAACCAUUUAGGACCCCCGCAGCAACUGCAUCCAUCCAUCGACGCCAUUCCAUGGCGUCCAUAGCGGCGGCGACGGCUCCGGCUUCCCUCGGCGCGUCCGAGCUCCUCGGCACGCGCCUCACCACCGCUGCCACACCUCGCUCGGCCCCUCCACCUUCCGCUGGUUCAUCAAAGAUCGUUGCACUGUUCUCCAAGAAGGCUGCGCCGCCUCCUCCCAAGUCGAAGCCAGCUGCUGUUUCCCCAGCCGACGAGGAGCUCGCCAAAUGGUAUGGUCCCGACAGACGAAUCUUCCUGCCGGAAGGUCUCUUGGAUCGCUCGGAGAUUCCAGGGUAUCUCACCGGAGAAGUGCCGGGAGACUAUGGUUACGAUCCUUUUGGGCUGAGCAAGAAACCAGAAGACUUCGCCAAAUACCAAGCUUACGAGCUCAUCCAUGCAAGGUGGGCAACGCUCGGUGCCGCCGGCCUCAUCAUCCCGGAGGCCUUCAACAAGUUCGGUGCAAACUGUGGCCCCGAGGCCGUCUGGUUCAAGACCGGGGCGCUUCUUCUUGACGGGAGCACGCUGAACUAUAUCGGGAAGAACAUCCCCAUCAAUCUUGUCGUUGCAGUCAUCGCUGAGAUAGUGCUCGUCGGAGGUGCAGAGUACUUCAGAAACAUCAACGGACUGGAUUUGGAGGACAAGCUCCACCCUGGAGGGCCAUUCGAUCCCUUGGGGCUGGCGAAUGAUCCCGACCAAGCCGCGCUGCUGAAGGUGAAGGAGAUCAAGAACGGGCGGCUGGCCAUGUUUGCCAUGCUCGGCUUCUUCCUGCCGGCCUAUGUCACCGGAGAAGGGCCGGUGGAGAACCUCACAAGACAUCUGAGUGACCCAUUCGGGAACAAUCUGCUCACUGUCAUCUCCGGAGCUGCUGAAAGAGCUCCAACUCUGUGACUCCCCAAAUCUUCUCAUCUUGUUCGCAUCGUAAACUGUCAUUUGAGACUUUGAAGUAAUUCCCAUUUCAAUGCAAACCUCCAUGAUUACAUCUCU